UGGACCGAUCCAUAUGAACGCUGUUCAGUGUUCAGGGAGAGAGACGUCCAUCACACAGUGUCGCUUUCAGGAGGUUCCACUGCACUCCUGCAAACACAACCAGGACGCAUCUGUGCGCUGCAACGUUCCCAAAACACACUUGACCACCACGGUGCGUCUGUCGGGCGGUCGGGAGGCGGCGGAGGGUCGUGUGGAGGUGUUGAUGGAGGUGAACGGUCAGAAGCGUUGGGGUUCAGUGUGCGGUGAGAACUGGAGCAUUAAUGAAGCGAUGGUGGUGUGCAGACAACUCGGCUUCGGCUUCGCUUCUGCAGCCCAUCAGGUACAAACAUCACAUUCAGUUCUCCUGCUGAGAGUAAUUACAGACUUCUGCAGUGUCAGGAAACUCUGA